UAUGUUGCGUAUUUUUAUCUGACUUUCAACUUUUCUGUUCGAUUUUAGAUAUUUCGUCAGUAGAUGUAAUUUACUAAAAAAAUUCUAGUAAAAUUCCACAUACAUAAAAAAGAAAUAUACUUUUCUACAAAGCUAAUAAUAGUGGGUGAUUUUCAGCAGCAAUAAUGGAUCCUGAACAAGAUGAAAACUGGUAUUUGCGUCCACUUUGCGACCCCAGAACAACCAAUGCUCCCGUUAAAGUAGCACCAGCUAAAGUCGCGGUGAAGACUGAAAUGCAGGAGUUACGGCUCUCUGAAGCGUCACAAAAAAUUACAAUGGAAACAUUGCGUGCAAUACAUGGGCCCGAAUUUCGCCUUAAUGAUGCAUCGGUUUAUAGUGAUCGUGGUAGUCAUAUGAAGAAAGCUUAUUGGGAAGACCGAGGCACGUUGGUCGUUCAUAGCGUUACCAACUACUCGGCGGAAAGUCAAAAGGCAGAAACACCAGAAGACCGAUUACGUCGUUUCGCUUUACUAAAAUUGGAAAAUUAUGGUUUUGCACCUUUGCAUUGUGUUGAAGCCUACGAUCAUUGCAAUGGUAAUACAGACGACGCGUUGUUAUUGCUUUAUCGCAAAUAUAUGCGCAUACCGGGCUUACAGUCGGAAAAGACUAGUUUGUUGAAUAAUGACCUGAAUGAAGAUGAACUAUUAGAAAUGCGUAACGAUGAAAAAGCUGCGCUAGAAUCCAUUUACGAUGAAGUUUUUGAGGAAAAGGAAAAGGAUACAAUUUGGAGCUUGAAAUUUAAAAUUGAUCAUUUAAUGGUGCACAGUCCGAGUGAACGACGGAGGCAGACAGGUGGGAAGGAACAAAACACUAAGCAAAAACAAAGCCAAAUUGUUAACGGAAAAGCGCGUUGUCGUAACUUUGACCGCGAUGGCACAUGUCGCUUUGGAGGCAAAUGUCGCUUUGCGCAUGUGCGGCCAACACCAGUGAUAGACGACGGAAAGCGUAUAAAAACUGAUAGCUUUUUGGAUGGCAACGAAGAAGACAACUGGUUCUUCCUAGAAAUUCGAUUCCCACCGCACACCAGAUAUCCUUAUGAAGCCCCUUUUAUUUACCUCAAAACUACGUGCCACGAUCUGCCGCGUGAUGUAUUGCUGCUUGUAGCACGUCGUUUGUAUUGCGAAGCUCGGAGCAUUUGUGCUGAUGGCAUGGGCUGUGUAUAUAGCAUUUGUGAGACACUUCAAAACGGAGAAGCAUAUUCGCAAAUGCCCAAAGGUGACUCCCAUCCAUUUCCUUCGGAUGCCAAAUCACUUUUCGCCAAUGAUCAAGACGGCGCCGACGUUCUUAAUGGUGAGGAGCCACAAGUUCUGCCAACACAUUAUGAACGCGGUCAGACUUCACACACCGAACAACAACGUUCUCUUAAACAGACGGAGAAUGAAGAUCGUGUCUUGUUGCGACGUUUUCUACAGCGUCAGGACGAUGAAAGAUAUCGUAAAAUGAUGAGUGGACGUCGUAGUUUGCCAGCGUUUGAGAAAAUGAUUGAAAUAUUAGACUUAAUGGAACAAUCUCAGGUUAUCGUAAUAUCCGGCGAAACAGGAUGUGGCAAAUCAACUCAAGUGCCUCAAUUCAUACUUGAUAAUUGGCUUUUCCAAGCAUCAAAGCUGAAAGAAGCUAAUAAAAUGCCACACGUAGAGGUGGUUUGCACGCAGCCGCGUCGUCUUUCAGCGAUCGGUGUGGCCGAGCGUGUAGCCGACGAGCGUACCGAACGCGUCGGCCAAACGGUUGGCUAUCAAAUACGUUUAGAGAAUAAAAUUUCAUCCACCACUCGCCUAACCUUUUGCACAACGGGGAUACUGCUGCGACGACUCACUGCUGAUCCGCUGCUCAGCACCGUAUCACAUAUUAUUGUGGAUGAAGUGCAUGAGCGCAGUGAAGAAUCCGAUUUUCUCCUUAUGAUACUCAAAGACUUACUUAAACAACGACACGAUCUUAAAGUUAUACUCAUGUCCGCCACACUAAAUGCCAAAUUGUUCUCCGACUACUUCGGAGGCGCGCCCGUGUUAGAAAUACCCGGACGUACUUUCCAUGUAGAACAAUUAUUUCUGGAAGAUGUGUUGGAAGUUUGUGAUUAUGUAAUGGAAUGUGACUCGCAAUACUGUCGUAAAAUAACGAAAAAAGAAGAAGAAGAGUUGAUGCGCGAGUUAGAAUAUUCGGAUGUGAAGUCAGAGGUGGCUGCGCCGGGCAAGAACAUAAAAGACGAUAAACUCACUUUGGCGCAGAUGUAUGGGCGAUAUGGUGAUUAUUCGAAAAAGACCUGUAAAAGCAUCUACCUUAUGGAGCCGAUGAAAAUUAAUCCCGAAUUAGUGGAAUCUGUUCUAAAAUACAUUGUAGAAGGCGAGCAUAAUUGGCCCAAGGAAGGCACAAUUUUGCUCUUCCUACCAGGCUUACAAGAGAUACAAACCAUACAUGAAGCGCUCAAGGAUAGCACACUAUUUGGCAGCAGAAACGGCAACUUCAUUGUGCUACCAUUGCACUCCUCACUCUCCAGCGAAGAACAAUCGGCUAUUUUCCGUCCCGCACCUAAGGGUAAGCGAAAAAUCGUACUUAGCACAAAUAUUGCUGAAACCUCGAUUACCAUUGAUGACUGUGUCUUCGUUGUGGACUACGGCUUGAUGAAGGAGAAGCGCUUCGAUGCCAAUCGCAACAUGGAAUCGCUGGAGUUAGUUUGGGUAUCACGCGCUAAUGCGAUGCAGCGCAAAGGUCGUGCAGGUCGCGUCAUGCCAGGCGUUUGUAUACACCUCUUCACUGGCCACCGUUUUCGACACAAUUUCUUGGCGCAACCAGUACCGGAAAUACAUCGCGUGCCUCUGGAACAGCUAGUGCUGCGCAUUAAAACCCUACCCUGUUUUAGCGCCAAGAAUACACUGGAAGUAUUGGGUCGUACUCUUGAGCCGCCCACGGAGGAAAAUAUUCUCUCGGCGGUGCGCCGUCUGCAAGAUGUAGGUGCUUUAGAUGAAACGCAAAACCUAACAGCGCUAGGUCACCAUUUGUCCGCGCUGCCUGUGGACGUGCGUAUCGGCAAGCUGAUGUUAUACGGCGCUAUCUUUCAGUGUUUAGAUAGCGUGCUAACUAUCGCGGCUUGUUUGAGUCACAAAUCGCCUUUUGUGAGUCCAUUCAAUAAGCGUGCGGAGGCAGAAAAACGAAAACGAGAAUUUGCUAUCUGCAAUAGUGACCACUUGACGAUGUUGCUGGCUUAUAAGAAAUGGUUGGAAGUAUCCCGACGCAACUUUUUCGCCAGCCGCAAUUAUGCCGACGAGCACUUUCUCUCGUUGAAAACUCUAGAAACCAUUUCAGAGGUGAAGUAUCAGUUCCUAGAACUCCUCGUAUCCAUUGGUUUUGUGCCUGUUAAUAUACCACGUAAGCGCAAGAACGCUAGCGAUAACAUACUCGAUUUGACUGGCGCCGAUUUGAACGUGAAUGGUGAAAAUAAUCGCCUUUUAAUUUCACUACUUUAUGCGGCUCUCUAUCCCAACAUCGUAAAGGUGCUAACGCCCGAACGCAGUUACAUCUCCACAGUCGGCGGUGCAAUGGCGAAAAUGCACAACGCUAAGGACUUGCGUUUCAAGACACGUCAGGAUGGUUUCGUCGCAAUACAUCCAUCAUCGGUGAACGCAAUCGUCGGCAGCUUUCAAUCACCAUUUCUCAUCUAUCAAGAAAAGGUGAAAACGUCGCGCAUAUUCAUACGUGAAUGCUCCAUGCUACCGCUGGUGCCGUUGGUGCUGUUCGCUGGCAGCGAUUUCAAAAUUGAACUUCAUGGCGGCGACUUCGUAUUCCUGCUCGAAGAGGAUUGGAUUAUAUUGAAAGCACAUACACAUGAAACUGCAGAGAUGAUCCAAUGUUUACGUUUGGAAUUGCUAAAACUGUUAGAAGAGAAAAUCAGCGAUCCUUGUCUGAAUUUACUGAAUCACGAGAACGGUUUAAAGAUAAUUAAAACAAUUGUACAUCUUAUAACUAAUAAUAAUUAAGUAAAUGAUUAUGUGUAAGCAUAUGUGCCUGUGUGUGUGGUUUAGCUAAUAUGUAUGAGCGUGUGUGUGCCUGAAAAAAAAUAAAAUCAGAACAAAAAAUAA